AUGAAUAUAUACGUUUGUUUGUGCUUUGUCGUGUUUGGUUGUAUCCAAGGAUUACUGGCAGCCACACCUGUGGACGUAAAUGCCAGAACUCUACAGGAUAUUGAAGACGAGGUGAGAGGUCUCCUAAUAUUGAAAGUUCUGAAUAAUGUCAACGCUACUCUCGCCAGACAACAAGCCAUGAUUCUGGAUUGUGAAACCAAAAUUAACCAAACCAUUGAUACAUGCGAGACGUGUGUAGCAAGCAACCCUGGAGUCAACGCACCGUCAGCCGAUUUGUUCAGCAGAGUGGUGUCUGAACUUAAUAAACCUGUCGUUGCUAUGGGGCGUUUUUUCAAUGGAGCAAGUCAAGAUAUAGCGAAUCUUGGUGGUAUAAUGGGAAGCAAAAGUGAACAGUUUGCAACACUCACAACAUCUACAUUGAAAAAUAUUGGAACUUUCCUCGGCGGUGAAGCUGAAAAAGCAGUAGCAGAAGUUAAGAAGGCGUUGAACACCGCCGGACGAAAAUUCUCAGAUCUUGGUGCCGCUAUUUCAAACGCCAUAGAUACUUCCGGUGGUUUUGUUAAUGGUGUUACAAAGUUCGGAGCUUCAACUAUUUCUAAACUGAAUAGUCUCCCUGAUCUGCUUUCAUCUGGAGCAACUUCCGCUUUGAGUGGUCUAAGGAAUGUUGUGUCGUCACUUCCGAAUGUUGGUACUCAAAUCGUCGGUGGACUGACUGACUUAGGAAACAGCAUCGGAGGGUUUUUCUCUGGGAGACGUAGACGGUCCACUGACCUUUUAAGCAGAAUGAGAAGACAUACAGCCGCCUUAUGUCCCGAGUGCGAUAAAAUUGACAUCACCACCAAGACUGAGGCAGAAAUAUUUCAGUCUGUUUGUGGAGCUACGUUUACAACUCAACAACAACAGAUUGUGGACGAACUAUCUAGGAUGACCAAGUUAUAUAAGUGGUCUAAGACGCUGACCAACUCCAUCCUCAGUCAGAUAUCCUACGACAACGACCAGCUGGAUUACUCAAGAAUUGCUGAUCAGAUUCUCAACGUUUCUCCGCUUAAUGUGACGUUCACUGUAGGAACAGUCCCUCAGACCUACCAAACCGACAUUAACCUCAACAUCUUCGAUCCUACCCAGGUGGCGCCCCAAAUCGCUGACGAAAUUUACGCCAAUGCAUAA